GGGGGCGCCGCGGACGCGGGGUACCGAGGACUUUGCAACUUGCCCGGGAAGGUGGAGGGGCGAGAGGGGGAGGGGGACCUCCGCACGAGACCGAGCGGCCCGGGUUGGAGCGCCCAGCCCCGCGGCGGAUCAUGGUGCAGCAGGCGGAGAGCUUGGAAGCGGAGAGCAACCUGCCCCGGGAGGCGCUGGACACGGAGGAGGGCGAAUUCAUGGCUUGCAGCCCGGUGGCCCUGGACGAGAGCGACCCGGACUGGUGCAAGACGGCGUCGGGCCACAUCAAGCGGCCGAUGAACGCCUUCAUGGUGUGGUCCAAGAUCGAGCGCAGGAAGAUCAUGGAGCAGUCUCCGGACAUGCACAACGCCGAGAUCUCCAAGCGGCUGGGCAAGCGGUGGAAAAUGCUCAAAGACAGCGAGAAGAUCCCGUUCAUCCGGGAGGCGGAGCGGCUGCGGCUCAAGCACAUGGCCGACUACCCCGACUACAAGUACCGGCCCCGGAAAAAGCCCAAAAUGGACCCCUCGGCCAAGCCCAGCGCCAGCCAGAGCCCCGAGAAGAGCGCGGCGGGCGGCGGCGGCGGCGGCGGGGGCGCGGGCGCGGGCGGCGGCGCGGGCGGCGCCAAGACCUCCAAGGGCUCCGGCAAGAAAUGCGGCAAGCUCAAGGCCCCCGCGGCCCCCGCGGCCGGCGGCGCCAAGGCCGGCGCGGGCAAGGCGGCCCAGCCCGGGGACCUGGGCGGCGCGGGCGACGACUACGUGCUGGGCAGCCUGCGCGUGAGCGGCGCGGGCGGCGGCGGCGGCGGCGGCGGCGCGGGCAAGACGGUCAAGUGCGUGUUCCUGGACGAGGACGACGAGGACGACGAGGACGACGACGAGCUGCAGCUGCGGAUCAAGCAGGAGGCGGACGACGACGACGACGAGCCGCCGCACCAGCAGCUCCUGCAGCCCCCGGGCCAGCAGCCGCCGCAGCUGCUGAGACGCUACAACGUCGCCAAAGUGCCCGCCAGCCCCACGCUGAGCAGCUCGGCCGAGUCCCCCGAGGGCGCGAGCCUGUACGACGAGGUGCGGGCCGGCGCGACCUCGGGCGCCGGGGGCGGCAGCCGCCUCUACUACAGCUUCAAGAACAUCACCAAGCAGCACCCGCCGCCGCUCGCGCAGCCCGCGCUGUCGCCCGCGUCCUCGCGCUCCGUCUCCACCUCGUCGUCGUCUUCGUCCAGCAGCGGCGGCGGCGGCGGCGGCGGCGGCGAGGACGCCGACGACCUGAUGUUCGACCUGAGCUUGAAUUUCUCCCAGAGCGCGCACAGCGCCGGCGAGCAGCAGCUGGGGGGCGGCGCGGCGGCCGGGAACCUGUCCCUGUCUCUGGUGGAUAAGGAUUUGGAUUCGUUCAGCGAGGGCAGCCUGGGCUCCCACUUCGAGUUCCCCGACUACUGCACGCCCGAGCUGAGCGAGAUGAUCGCGGGGGACUGGCUGGAGGCGAACUUCUCCGACCUGGUGUUCACGUAUUGAGAGGCGCGCCCCGCUUCUCGCUCUUUCUCUCCGCGGGGUGCAGAGCAGGGUUCCUCGGGAGGAAGUCGUGGUGGUCAUGAUGAUGAUGAUGGUGGUGUCGAUGGUGUCGAUGGUGGUGGUGGGGUGGAGGGAGAAGACGACGCUGGGCUUGAUAUGAUGUCGUGACACAAAGAAAUUGGAAAAGAUGAUGAAAAAUUUGGUGGAGUUAAAGUGAAAUGAGUAGUUUUAACACAUUUUUUCCUGUCCUUUUUUUGCUCCCCUCCCUUCCUUUAUCGUGUCUCAAGGUAGUUGCAUACCUAGUCUGGAGUUGUGAUUUUUCCCCCCAAAUGUGUUUUUGUAAUUACUACUUCUUUUUCCUGAAAUUCGUGAUUGCAACAAAGGCGGAGGGGACAGGGCGGGGGAGGGGAGGGAGGACCCGCUCCGGAAGGCGCUGUUUGAAGCUUGUCGGUCUUUGAAGUCUGGAAGACGUCUGCAGAGGACCUUUUGGCAGCACAACCGUUACGCUAGGGAGUUGGUUGGAGAUUUCUUUCUUUUCUUUUUUCUUUUUUUUUUUUUUUUAUUCUUAAGAGAUCUUAAAGAACUGGUGAUUUUUUUAAAAAAAACAAACACAAAAACAAAAAAGGGACCAUUGCAACUUUUUAAUUUUAUUUUAUUUUUUUGGAGGGAGAAAACUGAUGUCUUCUAUGCAUCCGAUACUUAACAAAACUGCAGGGAGCUUGAAAAAAUGCAGACUGUACAAACGCUCACAAAAAAACAAAAAAAAAAAAACAAAAAAAAAAAACAAAAAAAACUGUGAACUGACUUAAGAUCAGAGUUUACUUUUCAGAUCAAAUUGUUUAUGGUUUUACAAAUGUGAUUUCUACUUGCCAACUUUUUUUUUGUAACUUGUUCCCUUAUACCUCCUUGAUUGAAUACCAGACAGCCUAGACCUCAGUACAAAAGGUAUUGAAACAUUUUUGAUACAUAACAGACCUCAGUCUUUUUUAAAAAUUAAUAUAUUUUCAGGCGUAUUUUUGUACAGUGAAAAGGGAACAUUCUUGCUGUGUUUUUUCAGUAAGACUUUCAGGCACUUCUUCCCUUUUGAUUUCUUUUUUUUUCCUCUGUUUUUUUUUUAGCAUGCAAGUAUGUUGGUACGUGAUGUCCUGGUUUAAAAGGAUUAAAAUUUUUAAAUAAUCCUUGCAUCUAAAGGCCUUGUGGUUAAAAAAAAACAAACAAACUUUUUUUUGUACAGCUAUAGUAGAGAUUUGUUCAAUAUUUGUAGGUAAAGAUUUAUUGAAAAUGGUGAUAUAGACCUCAGAGCUGUUAUCUUAGUUUAAAGAUUGUAUAUGUACUGUACUAUACUAGGACUUUAUGUAUCUCAUACGCUGUGAUAUGUGGAUGGGGCCCCAGAUGGAAGGUUUGAAACUGGAUUCUCGAUUUUUAGCAAAAAAGAAAAAAAGAAAAAAAAGGCACAUAGUUUAAAAAGUUUCUCAUUUUGUGCAAUAUAAUCUAAAUAAAGUACAGACCAUCUGCAUAUUUUGUAGCAAAUGGUGGCAAAGCAGACUCAAUGCACUGUCGACAUCAUCGCGGUUUUUUUUUUUUAUUUUUUGUUUUUGUUUGUUUGUUUUUGUUCUUUUUGUUUUGUUUUCUUGGGUUGUUUUUGUUUUUGUUUUGUCUUUUUUUGGUGCUGGAAGUCUGUAUCUUGACAAUUUUAAUAAAUCAGCUGGCACUGAUAGAAACUCGCAUCGCCACUAGUCUCUAUGGCAGUCAAACUGGAGGUCCGGUUGUCGGAGCGCAGGGACCAGCCCGUUGUGUGCGCGGGUGGGAGGUGGGGGUCAGGCGGAAGGUGUUCAGGGCCAGGCCGACUUCUUCCUCGGCCUUCCGCGGCUAGUUACUGAGAACCAGGAGGAGGAUUCUCUCUCUGCCUUCCCUUUCCGUCACCCCCCCCCCACCUCCAGUUCCUUUCUCACCUCCUCCUCCACCCCCACUGUCCCCACCCAUCCUGGCGGGCGGGCUGCGCCGAGAGCCUCGGGGACCGGCCGGGGCGGGGGGCGCGGCGAGGACCCGGUGCCGGCGCGCGGUCCGUGCCCCGCGCUCGCCGGGGGUGUGCGUUCUCCGCUCCGGGCUGCGUCCCGGCGGCGCGUCGCCGUGUCCGCCGCCCUCGGGCAGCCGGCGCUCCAGGCGCUCGGAUCAUCCCCGCCGCUCGCCCUGAGAGGGUGGGGACAGCCGUUCCCAGCUCGGAUUUGUUUCUUUUUUUUCCUUCCCCUCGAACGCUGCAUCUCCGCGUGGGCGCAGAGCUAGAUGCUGUGGGGCGCGGGGGCCGGGGAGAGGUCGUCGGUGGCUGUCUCUUACCGAGCGCGGGGCGACGGCGGGGACAUGGCACCGUCGCUGCGAUCCGAGCUGCGGCCAGCAGGGCGUCGGCGGGGCCGCGGGGGCUCCGAGGGCGCAGGCUGCGGCGGGCGGGCCCCGGAGGCGCGCGCGGACGCCGGCACUGGCACCCCGAGGCCCGCCGGCUGGGGACGGAGCAGGCGGUCGGGGGUGGGCGGGGGAGGCGCCGCCGCGCCGGCUCCCGGGCCGCCCCGGAACUCGCCUCCGCCAGGGCAGCCUCCGGGAAGGCGGUUCGUCCUCCCGGUGCGGCUCCUUCCCCAGCGGCCUCCUCGGGAUCCCGUCCCGCGCGCGCUCCGGGGCCGUGGGCCCGGCCCUCCCCCUCCCCCUCUUUCUCGGCUGUCCCUUCCCAGACCCGGCCCGAGCCCGAGCGCUCGCGGCAG